UGUCGCCGCGCUCAGCCAUUGCCACGGAAAUUAAAAAAAGAAUUUAAAAAAAAAAGGUUAAAGUUUAUGGCCGGUUUUUUGAAAUUUUGAAUUCGGAACUAGUGUGGUGAAAAGUGGAUUGUUUGGUGGUCAGUGUGGGAGCGUUUCAGUUGGACAGUGAGUGUUGUGUGUGAUGGUACUCUGCCGCUCUAUUUGUGAGAGUGCAGCAUGAGGGUUGUUCAGGUUCUACUGUUGGCGCAUGCGGCCUAUGCCAUUACUGGACCUAGGAUAGAAAAUGAAUUCGACAGAAGAAGACAAGUUUCACUGGAGCAUCCUGGAUUCAAUGAACAUCAGACGCGGUUUGGGCUGAGUUCACCGCUACAGAACUUCCAGCAACCAUCCCUUCUCAGCAGCCCCUCCCCAUCUCCCCUCCAAUUCCAACAGUCUAUCUUCCAACAGCCUCAACCCUCCUUCCUACCUCCGUUCAGCAGUUUUGCCCCGAACCCCAACAUCCAAACGAGUAUCGGCCUCCACAAUAAUCUCCCGUUACCAAACAAUAACGCCUUCCAGUUCACCCCAGCGCCGGCUGUCAAUGCCCCAGUUUUGCAAAACACCUUCACACAAAAUCUAAGGCCGAUAGCCCAACAACCACAAAAUAUACUCCCACAACAACAGCCUACAUUACCUACCUUCCCAAAUAAUGGGCUACAUCUUGUAUCCAACCCACAGAAUUUCAACCAAAAUCCCAACGGACAUACUAACACUGUGAAUAUAGGGCAACAGAGACCGACUCAGGCAGCUUUCUUGCCAACGAUCCCAGCCCCAGCACCCGUUAACCAUCAAGGCGCUUUCAGUCAUCCCAACCCUAUCACAAUCCAGCCAGCACCAAACCUAGCUCCUCAAAAUCACAAUCUGAAUAACGCCCAAGUUCCUUUCCAAUCGAAUUUAGGCCAACAACCAUUGUUUUCAAACGGUCAAAAUUCUCAAAUCCAAGAAUUCUUUGAUCAACAGUCACACGAAAAUUUUGAGAAAUUAAAGGAGCUCCAGGAAAGACAGAGGAUCAUUCAAAAACAUCAAGAGUUUGUGCAGAAACAACAACAGAAACAGCAAGAAAAAGUAGAGAAAUUACAUGAAGAAUUUCUAUCUAAACAAGCAACAAAAACUACUUUCCCUACCACAGAGAGUUACCAAAAUUAUUUGACAAGAACAACACAGGAUAAACGUAGGCCAAUUCUACCACAUGAACAGGAUUUGUUCAGGAAAGCUGUAGAAAUAUUUGAGAAGGAACACCCGACUACUACUACUACUACGACUACAACCACUACCACAACACCAGCACCUGCACCCAGAUACAAACCUAGACAAAAACCAAAGCCUAGAAACCCACCUCAAGAUAAAAACAAACAGAAACUGUACAAUGAAAUCAAAAAUCUUUUAGAAGAAAGUGAAACUAAAGGCUUUGAUGACAGUUUAAGAGCAAAAAGUGUUGCGUUAUUACAAAAACCGGAUAUCUUAAAGCAAUUGAAGGUAGCAUUAGCGGAAAACCCAGAAGAUUUCAGCGAAAAGAACUUCUCGUCUCGAGAAAUCUCUUUAAAUGGCCAGAAGUUCGAAGUAAUUAGAACUACUAAUCCAAAUUUAAUCCCCAAGGGUGCAAUAUCGGCUGAGGGAGCAAACUUAGCCCAAAUAAUGGCUGCAGCGGCGACACCUGAACCACAAAAAGAGAGUCGUAUUUCAUUCGACGAUUUGACAAAAGGUGUACUGCCUCCUGGCGCCAACUUCGAACUUAUCAAACAAAGCGAUAAUGGUAAACUAGAAGAAGUAUCAAAAAUUCCAAGUACUCUUCAAAAUAAGAAAAAGGUUACCUUCGUUUUUCUUGAGGAGCAAGAUGACGGGUCGUUCAAAGUGAAGGGCGUCAAAGCCAACGGCCAGCAGACUGAAGAAGGGCCAGAAGUAGAAAAUAUUUUAAACAAAAUAAAGAAAGGUGAAAUCCAAUUACCUGGAAAGCUAUCGAACAGCGUGUAUAGCUCAACAACAGCUAGCCCGAGUCCAUCUUCCGUCACACCUGAUUACAUUGCGGAGUCUUCUCAUCACCCUUCUAGUUACUCGAGUUUUGUUACUGGUACUACGGUUCCCCACAACGCAGUGAGUGUCACUACAUCAGCACCAAUUUCAUAUCGCAGCACUGUAAGCCAGUCAACGAGAGGCACGCAGCAAACUCAGACGUUCUCCCCAUCUACGAGAAUUGUAUCAACAACGGAAAGAUAUUCAAAAUCAACGUCGCCUAGCUUCGACUUUACGUUGGGAAGAAAUAACAACAGUCCCUCCGUCAAAUCAACAUUCCCAAGCUCGACCUUUUCAAGUAUCUCAAGUUUAAGCACCACGCCAUCUUAUUCUAGGUCUCCAGAAGACCUUGUUGUCAUAGGAUCAAGUACACUUUCACCUUUGCUGGAUCAAAGUCAUUUAAACUUCGCGAGACAAUCUAAUCCUGGAUUGGUAGAUAUAUUGAAAGAAAAUGGACUCUUCGCUACCGCAAAGUACUUGCGUCAGUCUGGUUUGGACACGAUUUUGAACGAGACCGGGCCGUAUACAAUCUUCGCUCCAACCGACAAGGCGUUUAGAACACUAUUGGUACAACUCGGCGGACCUGACAAGGCUGAGGAAAAGUUCCGGGACAACCCCAGGCUUCUCAGUGGACUUCUUCUCCACCACGUGAUCCCUGGUGCCUUCGACAUUGGUUCUCUCCAAGACGAGAUGACCGGGGUCUCAUUGGCCGGCACACAACUCAGAGUUAAUCAGUACGAUAUGCAUGAUGUGGAGUGGAACGAAGUCAAAGUCACCACCAUCAACGGAGCCAGGGUGUUGGAAGAGAAAAAGGACAUACAUAUUCCACAGGGCAUAGCGCACGCCGUGGACCGGGUGAUGUUCCCGCUGCCUGUCGGAGACCUGGUCCAGACCCUGCAGGCCGACCGGGACAGGAGGUUCACCACCUUCCUCAAGGCGAUAUACGCUAGUGGAUUCGCUGAUACUCUCGCAGAGAGUAAAACCUACACAAUAUUCGCGCCAACGGACACAGCAUUCGCGCGGCUACAACCGGCUGAACUAUCGCGGUACUCGGACAAGGCGGCUGCGCGUGCGCUGGUAGCAAGGCACGUGCUACCCGGGACGUUAUACAGCGCGGGCAUGCGGUACUACCAGCUGAGAAAUUCUAUGGAAGACGCUAAGCCGCUGACGCUGCAGAAGAAUGCUGGUCGCAUCAAAGUGAACAACGCCCAAGUGAUAACGCACAAUAUUCCUGCGACGAACGGCGUUAUCCACGCGAUCGACAACAUCUUGUAGACCAGCUCCGUACUCGGGUCCCCUCGCUAAGUUAGCUUCAGUGAAGCUACCUUCAUUCCUUGAAGUCCGUUCGCUUAGUAUUACUUAAGUUUAUAUACUGAUCGACAUUCUGACUAGCUCCGCUCUCGGGUCCACUCGCCAAGUUAGCUUCAGUGAAGCUACCUUCAUACCUUGAAGUCCAUUCGCUUAGUAUUACUUAAGUUUAUAUACUGAACGACAUUCUGACUAGCUCCGCACUCGGGUCCUCCCGCCAAGUUAGCUUCAGUGAAGCUACCUUCAUACC